AUUGUUUUGCCGUUCAGUGGUAUCGUAUCGCAAACUUUUUGAGCACCGAAAGCCAAAUUUCCAACAAACUUCAGUUGAAUUAAAAAUUGUGCAGUGUCAGUUAAUUUCGGACAAGUAGAUUUCAGUUUUACACGAGUCGGAAAAAUUCAUUCAAUAUAUUAAUUGUAGAUCAUUGAAAAAAUGGAUAAUCAUCGACGUAAGUUUUUGCAAAAGGGCAUUACGAAGCCCCAGUUGCGGUGGAUCCGCCAAGCAAACAGCAUUCAAUUCCAAUUACAAAAGAGAGCCGAUGCAGUGUCGAAGAAGCCAAGCUUGGAUAGGCUGAAAAAUUUAGUGAAGGCGGUAUAUAGGGCCGGGAAUCAGGAGGAACAAAAAGCUGCAGCUGUUGCCGCUUGCAGCCUACUUUGUACCGACGAUGUUCCGGAUGCAAGGCUUCUUUCGCAAUCGAAAGUUCUGAAGAUGGUUGUUGAGUUCUUAAAGGAGGUCAGUCUCCCGUUCCUGCAGAAGCAGGCCGCAAAUGCUCUGUGCAAAGUGGCCUGUGCCUCCUCAGGCCACGCUUCCCAGAUUUUAAAUUUAGGAGCUGUUCCUCUUUUAAUGGAUCUUCUCAACUCGCAGGAUCCAGAAGUUUGCGAACAGGCAUUGGCUGCUGUUGGAAAUAUUAUAGGUUAUGGUCCAUCGUAUACCCCUUUUUCGAUUGAACCGAAUUUGGUCGAGAAGUUGAGCAUUUUCGUCAAGCAGUCUUCAUUUUUGGGAACUGUGGCAAAGGUAACCAGAAAUCUUUGCGGUUGUCUUCGCAUGUAUUCGCCGGUUGAACUUAUCAAUAGUGUCAUUCAAACACUUGACCAGCUUCUUAAUCAAACCGGCAAAGAAAUUCGAAGGGACACCUUGCUGGCCAUCGGUAAUAUCGCCCACCACUAUACUCAUAAUCGAAUUUUAAGCGCUCACGAAGGGCUGAUGUCCAAGAUCUUAUUUUUUCUGCUCAACAAUGAAUUUGAAGUACAGAAAGCCGCUCUUUAUGCCAUUGAUUGUAUUUUAAGUGGACCCAAAGAUCAACAUAGGGUGUUGCUAGAUUUGCACUUGCUUUUAUAUUUACCCGCCUUGCUUUCUCACUCCAAAGAGAGUAUUCGGAUGAAGACGCUUUCGAUCCUUUUUAGCAUAAGCAGCGGAAAUAAGGAUCAAAAGCAAGCAAUCGUCGAUGCUGGCCUACUGCCACCAUUGUUGGAAAUCAUGAAAGUCGGAAAAGCCACGCUGAAAUCAGCUGCAGUUUUGGUAAUAAGCAACCUCAUUAUCGGCAACAACUUGGAUUUGUCCCUUUACCUAAUCAGACAGGGCAUAAUUCCCAAGUUCUGCACUCUGCUCUCCUGCCAGGAUUCUGGUGUCAUCAGGAAUAUCCUCGAUUGCCUCAGGUAUAUGCUCGGUAUGUCCGGUACUUUAGCGGAGGAGCUAACCGAAGUCAUUCGAAUGAACCAGGGAAUAGAAAAAAUCAAAACGCUUCAAUUCCAUGAAGACUUCGAAGUUCGCUCCAUUGCAUGUCAAAUUAUUUUUAAAUACGACUCGAGCGUCUUAAGCCCUUUUAACGAUCCAUUGUAAUAUGAUUUUUACGUUUUUAAAUUCCAAAGUGUUUUCUACAUGCUUUAUAUUUGAUUAAAAAUUUAACAAAAUUGUAAGAAUCAAA